AUGUCAUCCUCUGCUGAUCAGAUCGAAAGCUACCCUCGCCCUGGCAAGACGGCCAUCGUUACCGGCGGUUCUUCUGGGCUUGGACGAACGAGUGCGGUAGCCCUUGCCCGUGCUGGCUGGAACGUCACGGUCACCGGCCGACGUGAGGCCGAGCUUAAAGAGACGGUUGAUCUCCUCGACAAGGCGGCGGGUCGCGAGGGCGCUGGAUUCUUCGUCGCCGGCGACAUCACCAAGGAGGAUGUUGUUCUUCGUACCUUCAAGGAGACCGCCGAAAAGUUUGGUCGCGUCGAUCUUGUCUUCUGCAAUGCGGGCAUCUCGCCUCCCAACGUCCCUCUGGCAGAGCAGAAGCUGUCCGACUGGCAGGCCACCGUCGACGUCAACUUGACCGCCGCCUGGCUCUGCGCCCGUGAGGCCUUCCGAUACAUGGAGAAGCAACAGCCCCAAGGUGGUCGCAUCAUCAUCAACGGCAGUAUCAGCGCACACGCUCCCCGACCCUUCUCGGAGCCCUACACGGCGACAAAGACCGCCAUGAACGGCCUCAGCAAGUCGCUCUCGCUCGACGGCAGGAAGUUCAACAUUGCUGUCACACAGAUCGACGUCGGCAAUGCAGCAUCCGAGAUGACGGCCAAGAUGAAGUCUGGCCCUGGUGUUCCUCAGGCCGACGGCUCUCUUCGUCACGAGCCCACCAUGGACCGCGAAUGGGUCGGAAAGGAGAUCGUUCAUGUCGCGGAGAUGCCUCUCGGUGUCAAUGUUGCCAACGUCGUGAUCCAGGCAACGAACAUGCCAAGUCAUGUUGGCCGUGGUUGA